AAAACUGCUGCAUUAUGACGUAUCAUCUUAGUGUAAUUAUUGCGACAUUUUCGUCAAUUUAUAAUGCCAUUACUGUACAAUAUUUGCACAAUGUGCCUACUGCAGUACAUGUCUUAUGACGAUUAACAAUUAUUCGUCAAGCUGUUAUUUUCUAUCAGCAUCUACAUCGUUUCUUUCUUUUUUUGAUUGACCGGUAUAUAAGAAGAGAAAGAUGAUCAUCAACCAGUUACGAGUAACGGGUACGACGACCGCGUUCUACAAGGAAGGCGAGGUCCAGCUAAAAGUUGUGUAGGUUUACGAAAGAAAUCGAAGAGCAAGGACCGCCAACGAUCUCAUUUGUCUGAAAACUUUCAAUCGUGUCGGGAGCUGCAAGUGCGAGUGGAAACGUCUUUAAUCUCGUUCAAAUUUUUACGAGAAAAUGUCAUUAUUUAUUUUUCUCGGUGUCCUGUUGCACUGUUGUGCAUUUAGUGUAUCGAAUGAACCUGAGACACUAACAGGCAAUCAUGCGUUAGGGGCAACAGAUAUGAUGAACGCGCCACUAACACCUUCGCCAGAUAUGACAGAGAAUAUACGACAGUUCCAAGGAAAUUAUCCUUUCUUAUCGCCAGGAUACAGACCACAAAAAUGCCCUCUAUGUGACAGUUCGAUUUAUCCUUAUUGUGGAGAAAAACUGUUGCACGACGCCUGUUGCUGUUCCGAUUCUCAUGAUUUACCUUAUCAAUGUAGAUUAGCAGACUGUCGAUUUCUGCACGCCAACAGUUGCAGGGAGCAUCGAUUGAUCGCUAAUUGUUGUUGUAACGAUGAUUAUCGUGCUAUUUUGAAAACUCUCAUGCAACAAUAAAUCCAUCGUAUUACGUACAACGUACAUUAUCAAUUGUGACAAAAACAACAAAAACAACAAAAAGGUUUUAAUGACAAAUAAAGUGUACAAUGUAACUUGCUAUAACACAGAAAUUAACCAAUUAAUUGUUAAUAAAAACUUAAAAAUUAAUGAAAAAUAGUUAUAUAUGUAUAUUAAUAGAUAUAAACAGAAAAAAUAGCUAUAGAGAAGAACGUGGUAUUAUUGGUCAUACAUUAUAAGUGUUAUGAUUACUCGAUUAUCUCCGUUAUUAGGUGACAAAUUCUAGUUACUUAUGGAAUCACACACAAAUACACACACACAUACAUUUAGAAAUAUGUCUGACAAAUUUAAUAAGUUUAAUAAACAUAAUAGACAUUUAAAAAAAGGCAAGAAAAAAAAGUGGAAAAGAGAGAAAAAAGGAACAAAAAAAGAAAGAUGAUGUAACAAAUUUAUAUAUUUCCAUUAAAUAUUAUUUAUUUAUUUGUGUAAAAUUAAUUUAUAAGAAAAAAUUUCUUUCGUUUUUACUUCUAAUAAUUAUAGCUGCGGUUGAAGUAUCUAUUAAAAAUGUUAAAAUUCCAUUGCAAAUGUUGAAAUAUCGCGAUUGAAUCUGAAAUAGAAAAUAAGGUAUGUUACAGUGUUUUGCAAUAGGUGAAAAAAAUUUUGAGGAAUGAUUCGAGAUAACAAAAAUCAAAAAUAACAUAUUUGCAAUUAAAGCUUUAUUUUUUUUAUUUAUAAAUAUUUAAAUAUUAACGUAAAGUGCCUCAAACAGAAAUAUUUAAACAUUUAUAAUUAGAAAGUAAAGUCUUGAUAACAAAGUUGUUACUUUUUAUUUUCAUCUUAUCAUUUACUAAAAUUACUUCUUAAAUUUUCUCCUAUCUGUUGCCAAGCAUCUUAAAUAUACAUACUGCAUCUCGAUGUAAGAAGCUGAUCCUUUUUCAUUGUAGGUCGUGAAAUCCAGUUCGGAUCAGCUUUUAAAAAGAUCUAAUACAUAUGUUCAUAAACUCUGAGUAGAUGGAGCAUAGUAAAUAAUGAUGAAUGAAAGACUUUGCAAUGUCCGGAAUCGCCGACACGUGUGCGCCCUUGACUUCAUUUCGUCAUCGUAUUUGAUCGUGUUAUUCAUGCAAUAAUUUUAUUGAAAUAAAUAUUUCAAUGUGAGCUUA